GUGACUCUGGAUGCCAUCUUGUCUGCUUGCAAUUGAAGGCCUCAGUGAGCAGAGCAGCAGGUUGAGCAAGAAAGUGAAAGAAAAUGGAAGAUGGAGGCAAACAACCACAUUCAUUUGGGAGCGGACAGCAGAGACCUCCUCAUCCCAGACCCUUUUUCUAUGUUCAGCCACCAUCUCAACCUUACUACCACUACCAGCAAUGGCAGAUGAACAACCCAUACAGUCAAUAUGGUUUGCCUGGAGGUUUUAACAUGGGGCGUCCCUACAUGCACCCAUACAUGUACAUGCAGUAUCCAGGGUUUGUUUUCCCACAUGCCCCAAUUUACCCAAUGGAUUACAGGCGAAUGUUUGAACCUCGCUUCCACACGCCUACCUGGAAUGAUAUGCCUCGCCAGCAGCAUCAACCACCCCAGCCUUAUGGACGUCGAGAAAUGGCCUGCUCAGAGGUUCAAACUGACCCCAGUGAUGCUAUAACCAAGCUUAUUGAAUGCUUGGAUAAAAUUAGAGCCAAUGAGCUGCAGGGAGCAGAGAGGGAGCUGGACUCUGGUGUUGCAUCCCAAACCUCAGGAAUGUUUUCUCCAGGUGAAGAGAAGAAAAGAGAAGAGCAAAGUGCUGCUCACCUCCUGCCUUUGGUGCCUGAUGAUAGCAGUUUGGAGUCCCCGGCUGUGACGUUCACUGACUCCACAACAGCUGUGUAUGAUGGCGAAUCGAGCCAAAGGAGCUUAGAUGUCCUGAGUCCUCACGGCUGCUGGUCAGGUAGUUUGGAAGAGGAGCUGCCUCUGGAUAGCUCCUCUGUCCAUGAAGAGUGUUCUGACCUCAAGCAGCUGGCAGAAGAGGAACAUUUCCUCCCUCUCGAGAGGGCAGAAGUCACAGAUAUCCAGUCAGAUACCUCAGUGACUAAUCAAAGUGUUUCCAAAUGUGACGCUGAAGAGCUCACAAAGCAGAGGGAGGAUCCCAUCCUACAGUCAACAUCAUCACCUUCCUUUCCCUUCAGUCUGCCAGCGCUCAAAGAUGCACCAAGUGGCGAUGAAGUCUCAAAGAUAGAACAUCAGACAGCAUCUUUGGAAGAACAAAAUCCAAGCUUCCAGAUCAUCAAGCUGCCCUGUGAGAGCGUUUUGACAUCUGGAGCAACUGGAGCUGGACGUCUCUCCUCCCCUGCAGCCCCUUACUACUACAACUACCUCUCCAUGCAGACCACCCACGAGCGGAUGAGUGUUCUGAGUCCAUCUCUGGAUGAGCUUUCCUCCAGAGAUGAAAUGUUCUCCACAGAUCUGGAAGAUGCUGACCUCUUCCCAAAACACAUUUACACAGGUCGGAGGCCUAGAGAAGUUGUGAGCAGAUCCCCUCAAGCUGCUGGAGAAGUAGAGGAAGUGUGGCUGCCAGGCAUAAAGAGGUUCAUGUGCGCCUGCUGUGGGAAAAGCUUAGCAAAAGGUGCAGGAAGGAGCAAAGUUCACAACUCCAAGAUGCACAGGGAUGAAGCUGUAGACUCUGAGGAGGAAAGCAGAUAUGGAAGAGGUUGCGGGCAGCCAGUCAGAGUGGUUGUGAGGAAGCAUUCUGCACCCAGGAAGAGCCAUUCUGUCCCACCGAGACAUGCAAAACCUUGGUAUAAGAGAGGUCAGUACAAAGAUCCCUUAGAUCCAGGUGACCAGGAGGAGGGUCAUGACCUUUGUAAGCAGGAUCCAGCUGACGGUGACACUGGAGAGAUGACUAGCAGUGAGCUGCAGUGCAGAACAUGCCAGGACGGACUCUGCAGAGAAGAUCUGACCACGUCGGGGCAAGGCAGGUGGGGAGAUGGUGAUGUGAUUCCCAAGAGGAGACAAGUAACCACUCUCCAACGACAAGAGAUGAGUGCUCAGAGGAAAGUGAUGUACCACAGGCAAAGAGAUGAGGACAACGAUGACGAUGAGCCACUACCGUGGGACAGAGGCUCUACAAUAAGAGGAGAACCAAGAUGUUAAUAUCCCAGGACUGACUUUUGGAUAAAGUGUGUUGAACUGUCCCCCUAAAGGUGUAAAUGUUCCAGGAUAAUGUGUUUGAAAAUAUAUAGAGCACCAGGUGAAAUGCACUGCACAGAAAGCCUCUUUUUUUUGUUUGUUUA